AUGAAUGACAAGCAAGGCGACCACCUCCUCCCAGCGCCGGCACCUGCAAGCGCCCCGCCCCGGCCAGGGAUGUCGUUGGCCAAGAAGGUCCUUAUCGGUGUCUUGGCGACCCUCUUCAUCGGCACGCAAACACACACCAGCUGGACUCGCCAUGUGGUCCAGACCAACAGCCUGCCCACUUUUGUCGCAUCCAUGACCUCGGCCUCCGCUGCAUGCGGCCAAGUUGCGGCCAUCCUCCCCUCGCCCGAGGACAUGGACUCGCGCGUGGUCUGGGCGGCCAAAGACCGGAUCAUCAAAUGGCACCAAGACUCAGUCCGGAUCGCGACCGAGGUGUUUGACGAGAUGGGCGCGCCCGGCGACGACCCGCGGUGGGAGGUGUUUGAGAAGUUCCACAGGCAUCUCGCGGACGCGUACCCGCUCGCCCACGCGGCGAUGACCAAGACGACCGUGGAUACCUGGGGUCUCAUUUACGAGUGGAUUGGAUCGGACCCGUCCCUCAAGCCGUUGUUCCUCACGGGCCACCAGGACGUCGUCCCCGUCCUCAAGGAGACCGAGUACCUGUGGGAGCACCCCCCGUUCAGCGGCGACUAUGACGGCACAUACAUCUGGGGCCGCGGUUCUAGCGACGACAAGAGCUCGGUGACUGGCAUCAUGGCCGCGAUCGAGCUCCUCCUCGAACGCGGCAAGUUUGAGCCCAAGCGCACGAUCGUGCUUGGUUUCGGACACGACGAGGAACGCGGCGGUAUGCGCGGUGCGCCGGCCAUCCGUGACUGGAUACUUGCCAAAUAUGGCAAGGACUCGAUGGCCAUGCUCGUCGACGAGUCGUCGCACGGUAUCGAGACACAGUGGGGCCAGACAUUCGGCCUGCCAGCUGUGGCGGAGAAGGGCAAGUUUGACCUCAACAUGACCGUAUUUACCCGUGGCGGCCAUUCCAGUAUUCCCCCAGCACACACCGGUAUUGGCUUGACCUCUUUGCUCGUGGCAACACUUGAACGUCACCCGCACGAGCCGCGGCUGGAGAAGACAUCGCCCAUCUGGGGGUUCCUCCAGUGUGCGGCCGACUAUGCGUCCGACAUGCCCAAGGACCUCAAGAAGGCUGUCAAGAAGAGCAAUGCGGGGGACAAGAAGGCAUUCAAGCACCUGCCCCGGAAACUCAUUGAGGCGAUGCCCGGCAGGGCGGGUCCCGGGCAAGGCAACAUAGUGGAGGCUCUCAUGACCACCACUCAGGCUGCUGACAUCAUCUACGGCGGUGCCAAGAUCAACGCGCUCCCCGAGGUCGUGUCCACGUUUGUCAACUACCGUAUCGACGUUGGCAGCAGCGUUGCCGAGCUCCAGCAGCGUAUCUUCGACACGCUCCUGCCCACUGCCAAGGAGUUCGACCUCGCGCUGGUGGGCUUUGGUCGGUCGUUCAAGCCCAAACAUACCGCCGUCGGCACCGUGACCCUCGACACUCCCGCCUGGGGCGAGGACCUGGAACCGGCUCCCAUCUCGCCCACGAAUGUUGAAUCGCCAGCCUGGCGUAUGCUUGCGGGCACAGCGCGCGCCAUCUGGGCGUCGCGCGCCGACGUCAGCCCGGACGGCACCGUGGCUAACCUCUCGUCUACCGACGACCUGAUCAUGGCACCGUACAUGAUGACGGGAAACACGGAUACGCGCCGGUACUGGGACCUCACGGGCAACAUUUAUCGGUUCAGGUACAUUUCCGAUACUGAAAGCCAAGGACCCCACACCAUCAACGAGCGUGUUGCUGCCGACGCCAUGGUCGAGUUCACUCGAUUCUUCAUGGCGCUCAUCCUCAAUGUCGAUGCUAACGCCGAGCUGUAG